CUCCUUCUACAUUAUUAAUUGUUGUUGUUAGUCUUUAACAUCACAAUUCUUCUAUUGCUUCCAAAUACUGAGAGCUUAUUUCUGACUUACCACAGUACCAAACCGAAGAUGGCUGAGACUGUCCUUAGUGUUGUUGCUGAGGAAAUACUAGGCAAGCUGAUUUCACUUGCUACAGAGCAGAUCAGCCUUGCUUGGGGUUUCAAAGAUGAGCUGACACGGCUUUGUGACUCAUUAACCAUGAUUCAAGAUGUGUUAGCUGAUGCAGAGAGAAGGCAAGUGAGUGACCAGUCCGUGAUGCGUUGGCUGCAGAGGCUUAAAGAUGUUGCUUAUGAUGCUGAUGAUGUGCUGGACGAGCUUGCUUACGAGAUUCUCAAGCGAAAGGUAGAGAUCCGUAACCAUAUGAAGAGAAAGGUAUGCUUCUUCUUUUCUUUUUCAAAUUCCAUUGCAUUUCGUUGCAAGAUGGCCAACAAAGUUAAGGCUAUUGCUGAAUCGCUAAAGAGAAUUAAUGAUGAAGCAAAUCAAUAUGGACUUACUAGAGUUGAAUUGGUAAAUGCCAAUCCUGAGAUUAUCCCAAGCCAUCGAGAGACAGACUCCUCUCUUGAUCAUUCUGAAGUUGUAGGAAGGAAAGAUCUUGUCUCAGAAAUAGUAGAGUUGUUGCUUAAUGCAGCCAAUCAACGACUUUCGGUCAUUCCUAUAGUAGGGAUGGCAGGUUUGGGAAAAACAACUCUAGCAAAAUUAGUGUACAAUCAUGAGUUAGUAAAAAAACAUUUUGAUAAGACAAUAUGGGUAUGUGUCUCCAAUGAGUUUAAAGAUAAAAGGAUUUUAGAAGAGAUUCUUGAAUCCCUUACUGAUAAGCCAGGUCCAUUAAAAAAUAAGAACACAAUACUUGAACGCCUUCAAGAAAAGUUACAAGGUCAAAAAUAUAUUCUCGUACUUGAUGAUGUAUGGAAUGAAGACCUUGUGAAAUGGGAGACUUUAAAGAGUUCUCUGAUAGGAAUGAACUUGAAUGUGGGAAAUAGUAUUAUUGUAACAACUCGUAGUGACAAGGUGGCUGAAAUUAUGGAGACAUUUCCUCGACGUCACUUGGAAAAACUAUCAGAAGAUGAUUGUUGGUCCAUAAUUAAGAAAAAAGUAUCUCUUAAUGAAAAAAUUCCACUAACUCCAAAUUUGGAGGCUAUUGGAAAGGGGAUCGCAAAAAAAUGUGGUGGGGUUCCAUUACUUGCGAGACUUUUAGGAGGGAUGAUGUAUUGUAAAAAGGAGGAAAGUGAAUGGGUGGCAAUUCAAAAUAGUAGUGUAUGGAAUUCCCUAAUUGAGAGCAAUGGAUUCUUAUCCAUACUAAAAUUAAGCUUUGAUCAUCUUUAUUCACCAUCUCUAAAAAGGUGUUUCACAUAUUGUGCAAUUUUUCCUAAAGAUUAUGAAAUGGGAAAGGAAGAACUAGUUCAACAUUGGAUGGCUGAAGGGUUCCUCCAACCAACUCAAGAACGUUUUUCGCCGGAGGAUAACGGUUUCAAGUAUUUCGAUAUUUUAUUGGCAAAUUCCUUAUUCCAAGAUAUAAAAAGGGAUAAUUAUGGUGAUAUUGUAAGCUGCAAGAUGCAUGAUCUUGUACAUGAUUUUGCCCUCUCAAUUUCAAAAGGGGAAACCUUGCAUUUAGAUGACACGGUGGGAAAUGACACUGAGUUGUCUCAUAUCCGACGUUUAUCUAUUAUAUGCAAUGACCAAACAACACCAACAAUCCUACAAUCUAGAGAUGUCAUGGGUAGAUUGCGCACAAUUUAUUCUAUAGGUGCUAAUCUUGGCGACAAGUUAUUGGAAUUAAAAUGUGUACGUAGUCUAUCUUUAUCUGGGAUACAUGUAGACGAGUUGCCCAGGUCAAUUGGUGAGUUCAGACAUUUGAGGCUUCUUCGCAUCGAUUGUACCGACAUCAAAGUAUUACCCAAUUCUGUUACUAAGCUCUAUAACUUACAAACUCUAAUAAUCAAGUCUUGUUAUCUUCUUAAAGAGCUUCCAAAAGAUCUACGAAAUUUGAUUAGCUUGAGACAUGUUGCUAUUGAUCAUCGGCGUAUAAAACAAUUGCCAAUAAAUAUGGGGCAGUUGACUUGCCUUCAAACGUUGCCUUUCUUUGUCAUCGGUCAAGAUGCUGGUCAUCGAAUUGAAGAAGUGGGAUGCUUAAGCCAACUCAGAGGAAAAUUAAGUAUUUACAAUCUAGAGCAUGUGAGAGAUAAAGAAGAAGCCAAAACUGCAAAUUUAGUGGGAAAGGCAGGAGUGCAGAAGUUGGGAUUCUAUUGGAAUAGAGAAAGGGAUGGAAACAAUAACGAUGAGGAUGUACUGGAAGGCCUUCAACCUCACCCAAGUUUGAAAAGCUUAGAGAUUGAAAAUUUCAAGGGUGAGAAGUUCCCUUCAUGGAUAUUGGCACGUGAUAACAGUAGUGGUGGUUUGUUUGUUUUGGACCAUCUAUUGGAAAUCCGUUUAAAAAACUGUAACAAGUGCAACAAGAUUCCUACGCUUGGGCAUUUACCCUGUCUCAAGGUUCUUCAAAUAGAGAGAAUGGAUAACGUGACAUGUAUAGAAACAGAAUUUUACAUUUAUUAUGGUGGUGAGAGAUCAAGUAAUAGUGGAGGUGGUAGUGGCAGAAAUGUGGUGUUCCCAGCUUUGAAAACACUUGUUUUGAAGUAUUUGCCCAAUCUAGUGGAAUGGAAGGACGCGAUGGAGUUGACAACAAUAGAAACGGUGUUUCCUUGCCUUGAGGAGUUGACCAUUAGAUACUGUGGCCAAUUGACAAGUGCUCCAUAUCAUUUUCCGUCUCUUAAGAAGUUAAAUAUUUAUGAAAUCAAAAGCACGGCAUUCGAAAGGAUUAUCAGCAAGCUUACCGCACUCACCUCCCUCCAAAUUUGGUAUAUUUCAGAACUUGUUUGUUUGCCAGAGCAGUUGUUGCAGAAUAAUAGGAGUCUCAUGUCUAUAGACAUAUAUGAUUGUUCUGAUUUGGUUUCCAUCUCGCUGCCUCAAGAUGCAACCUCUCUCCAAUCAUUCAGAAUAAGUGGAUGUAAGAAAUUGAGUGAAUUGUCGAACGCACCGCUCACCCUUCCUUCUCUUGAGACGUUUGAAGUAAGUGGUUGUCCUAAUUUGAGAUCCUUUCCAAGUCUACAAGGUGCGGGGUCCCUUCUCCGAAGUCUGGCAAUAUCGUGUGGUGACGAAGUUCUACCGACUGCGUUACAAUCCUGCACGUCGCUUUCAAGUUUGAGUAUAGAAGAGUGUCCAAAUCUUAUAUUAAUUCCAGAGCUACGAAAAUUGCAUUCUCUUACGGUGUUAGAAAUUUGCGAUUGUCCUAAUCUGAAAUCAAUUCCAGAUCUAGGAGAAUUGCAUUCUCUUUCAAGUCUAAGCAUUUUCCGUUGCCAAACGUUAAAGUUAACGUGUUUGCCAAAGGAGUUAGAGUGCGUCACCCGCUUAAAGUAUUUGGCGAUCGGUGGGUUUUGUGAAGAGUUGGAUGCGUUCCCCAGUCUCAGUUCCAUCCAACACUUGCACACGUCCCUUGAAUUACUAUCAUUGUAUGGGUGGGCUAAACUCAACUCUCUCCCGGACGAAAUACAACACUUCACUUCACUUGGAUGUCUGUCCAUACACAACUUUGAUGGACUGGAAGCUUUGCCUGAGUGGUUGGGCGACUUUUCUUCUCUUCAAACACUGGGUUUUUGGUAUUGCAAGAACCUGAUGUAUCUGCCCACAUCGCAAGCCAUGCAACGCCUCACUAAAUUACACUUAUUGAGGAUUUAUUCUUGUCCCAAAUUAAAGGAAAGAUGUGCAGAGGGUAGCGGGGCAGAGUGGUCCAAAAUCGCCCAUAUUCCAAAUGUCAAUGUCUAACGUUUUUGAGUGUUUUCCCAAAAUAUGUUUCCUGGCACUACGGAGAAGUAAUUAAUCUCAUGGAAUGUCAAUCCACUCCCUAGAAAUCGAUGGGUAAUAUUUUAUACCAAAGGGCAGCUGCGCAGAUUUGUCCACAGCUUUAAUGUUAUUAAAGAGGAAGCAACUUGAGUGCUUGAUGUGUAGGCAUUGGGGAUGACAUUUCUAUUGUGUAUAGCUGGAGGAAAAAUCAAUCAACUAAUUCACUCUCAACUGUGAGAGCUAACAGUAGUUCAUAAGAGCUGAAACUGCUGAUAUUUUACUGUUGCCAUUGAAAGGAAGGAUAUGCUGUGGGAAAAAGAGCUCUACGGGUCCUUUUUUCUAUUAAAUGAAAAUGGAAAGUUUGAACAGCCAACAGAUAGCAUCUUAUAGUUAUCCUUCGGUAGCACUUGGCCAUUCUUGUGAGCUAGUCACUUUUAGUUUCUGAUUCAGCAGACCUUUCUUUUCCAAUGUCAACUGUCAAGGAUCCUUUACAGAUCAUCCAGUUUGGCGCCAAAUGUUCUUUUGGUUACCUAAGCUGCUCGGCCAACAACGGAAUCUCCCAGCAAAGCAAUAGGAAUAUGGAAGGAGCAAGAGUGUCCCAGUACUAGAGGAUUGGUUGUAGUCCAAAAAUCACAAUAGAAGGAAUUUUAAAUUGGUUCCAAUGAUUACAUUAAAAUUUAUAUUUUACUGUCACCAUUGAAAGGAAGAAUGUGCUGUGGGAAAAAGAGCUCGACAGGUCCAAGAAUGUCUGUAUUAAAUGAAAAUAGAAAGUUUGAAACAGAUAGCAUCUUAUAGUUAUCCACUGGAAGCACUUGGCCAUUCUUGUGAACUAGCCACUUGUAGUUUCUGAUUCGGCAGACCUUUCUUUUCCAAUGUCACGGACACUUUACAGAUCAUCCAUUUUGGAGCCAAAUUGGCCAACGAUGGAAUCUCCCAGCAAAGCAAUAUGCAUGUAAUCCCUUUCUAUGUAAAGCUAAGUUGAAGUUUUUUGGAGUGGUUGAGGAUUUAUUUCAAUUUAUAAAAAAAUUAAUUGGGUUCUUUUUAAUGAUAAUUAAUUAGUUAGUAUUUUUAUUUGUUGAUUUCAUAAAAACAUUCACUAAAAAUAACUUGUGCAUAUCUCUAUUAAAACAUUUAAAAACACUACCUCCAAUUAAGUUUUUCCAUCUAUAAUGGUCUUUUCUUCUUGUGAAGCUUUAAAUUAUUGUCUUACCAAAUAGGUGACCAUAAUACUGGAUGCUCUUGAUUAUGGAAAUGUUCGUAGGAUAUAUCCUAAUCACUUGCAUAUAAGAGGAUGCUAACAAAAAACAUAUCACAAAGGUUCUACCUGGUGUCUCACUCCUUGAAACAUUGGACGGACGAUGAGCUCUAGCUCGACUGGCACUUCAUCUCCUUAUAAGUUCUAAGGGAAGGGUGAGGUUCUCCCUUAGGUAUAUCUGGAAUCUAUGAGAAGAAAUUCCAAAUGUAUGACUGAAUUCUAAGAUUGUCAUUAGGUCAACUGGAGUCAUAUUGUAUACGUAUUUGCAAGUCUUGAUCGCUACACUAUACUUGGAAACACUAUCAGUAAUGCAUUAGCGUCUAUGCUGGUGACUUCAACACUUUACAAGACUAUGAGGUGACCUUUGCAUUGGAUGCUCUAGAUCAAGCAGACAUUUAGAGGAUAGUUCCUAAUUGCUUGCAUAUAAGGCACUUGAGGAAAUUUAUCUAUUCUUUCUGGCUGGAGAAAUAAUUUAUUAUAGAUGGGAGCUGAUGAAAGUUGAUUAAAGUUGGAUAUGCCAAGGGAAACGGUCCUUAGUAUACCUGGAUAGAGAAAUCAUAAAAAGCAAGUGAUAAGUCUCUCCAAACUUGAAAAUUCAUUAGUGCAGGAAACAUGUUCAGGUAUUCUUACAUGUUUGGAUGGGUUUAUGGACAAUGCAAUGGUGCAAACAUAGGAAAAUGUCAAAGGGAAGUUGAAAAUUAACUACGGUGAUGUUUUCAUUCGCAGAAAUAAUGUUCUCUACAUUAGUAUAAGUCAUGUAGAUCAUCAGUAGUCAUGCUUUUAAUUUAAGAUAGUGGAUUUUGGAAAUGAGGAUUGGAAGAUCUUCUCUAAUGGAAUGAGCUAUCAUAUGUUUGAUUGAAGAGUAAUGCCUUGUUACUAUUGUGAUGAAUGGUGUCAUUGAUUUAACAGUGUGAUCAAUGAUGAUGAUGAUGAUGAUUGUUGAGUUGGUGGCUUGACAAUGUGAACACCCUUUCCAAAUAACGUUAUUAUGGUGGACGAAAUUCAGCCACGUAGAAAUCGAGUUUAUAAGACUCGAAAUCUGCACAAUAUAUCAAUCUGACGCUUUUAAACACUCUCUUAGUUCAAACACCCUCUCACUCAGUCUCUCAGUUCAAACACUCAAUCUCUCAAACACUCUCUCUCAGUCUCUCAAACACUCUCACUCAAACACCCAAAUCAGUCAUCCUCAACCCCUCGGCGUGCAACAAAAAUCACCUUUACCCUCAAACGCUCUCUUUUUCCUCACAAUCGACUUCAGACUUGAAAAUCCCAUACCUUGGAAAUCCCUUUUCCUCACAAUCGGCUUCACCCUCACCCAUACCUUGAAAAUCCCUUUUGUCCCUACCAACGGAAGUUCAGAUUUUUUCAAGUUUGAAGGGUGAUCACUAGUAGUGUUUGCUGACCUUCCAGUUAAAACAAUUCCACCAAAAGCUAAAUAAUGGUGGCUGGUAAAAUGAGUGAAAAGAACAUUUGAAUUCAAGUUUGGUACACUUGGUCCAAUGCCAAGAUGUGAAUGACUACAACAAUAACCAAUUUGAUAACCCUGCAGUUCUUCCUCUUAUCACACAGGUCGUUUACAGUCAGAUUUCCAAUCUGACUGCUGUUAUUGGUCAGGAUAUUAGCAACCAGUCCAGCUUCUGCAUUAGGGAUUGGAAUACUGACUGGGAUUGAGCCUUUAAUUUUUCAACCAACUUGGAUUUAUUAGCUUCUUGCAUCCAGAAGACUAAUGGAGACAUUACACAUCGCUUGUGUUCAGAAACAGAAUUGAAGUUUUACUUCAAUAGUUUCUUUGAAAGAUCUGGGAGUACCAAUUACUUGAAACCUAAUAAGAACUGUAAUUUAACCUCAUGGGUGGAAGGCUGUGAGCCGGGAUGGGCUUGUAGUGUUGGCUCAAAUCAGAAGGUUAACCUAAAUGAUUCAAAGGUCAUCCCCGCAAGAACACUCAAUUGUCAGGCUUGUUGUGAGGGUUUCUUCUGCCCUCAUGGUCUUACCUGCAUGAUUCGGAAUCCAAACCAUACUUGUGGAGGAGCAAAUAUUUGGGCUGAUGUUGGUAGUAGCAGUGAGUUAUUCUGUUCAGCUGGAUCAUAUUGUCCAAGUACCACCAGCAGACAGACUUGCACUAGUGGACAUUACUGCAGGAUGGGUUCUACAUAUGAGAAAAGGUCAUCCAAAUGUGAAGGUCAUCCAUUCAUCUAAAGGUGUUGGUGAGCCUCCAUUUUUUUCUGGCCUCGGCUGUCUUUUUUGCCAUCAAAGAUGCCAUUACAGUUGCAAGAGCAGAAGUGGGUUGUAAUGACUGGUUUGCUCUGGAUAAUCCCGCAACACUCGAACGCAUCCGGAUGGCUUGUUUGGAUGAGUUGACUGCACCAUUUAUAUGUCUAUUGUUUCCACCCUAAGCUCAGUGUUUGAUGCAAUAGCCUUAUUUCAAUUUAGCAUAUCUCUCAGUUCUCACUUUGUACAGUUUACCUGUCUUUAACAUAGUGGUUACAAAAUAAAAUGAAAUAAACUGACUCUGCUAGUCAGGGAAGAGCAAGGGGAACACCCUUUUUGUAAGUUAAAUAAUGGUAUUCUCAUUGUUUACUAUGGUACAAGAUGUACUUACAUCAGCACAAUUAGAGGAUCUCAACUUAAAAGAUGUACUUAAAUUUUGUUUCUAGAGAAAUAUUGUAAUUUCAUUGCUAAUUGCUUCCCCGUUUGUAAUAUGUAAACCUGAAAAUUCAGUUCUCUUUUCUGUCCAUUUUGUUAAUGGAAAGUAUGAAGCAAAUGAAAAUUGAGUGUUUUAGAA